AGGACACGUCCUGCAGAUAGCGUGUCCCCGCCGGCCAGACUGGACGCACUGGCCCGAAUCAGACUCUGACCCCCGCUGUAACGUGAGAUAUCUUCACGGCUGGAAGCGACAUUCGACUGAUCACCAGAGGCUGGAAUACUGAGCAGUGGAUUUGAAAACCUUGCAACCCUUUGCCUACAUCAGAUCGACCUUUUUCCGAGAUCAUACAACAUGCGCUUCCUCUGUCUCCAUGGGAGUGGAUCUAGUGCCCGGAUCUUCGAGACUCAGCUGUCAGUCUUGCAAAAGGCUCUGGGGCCAAGAUACGAGUUUAUCUUCCUUCAAGGGGAGAUUCCGUCCGAGCCUGGGCUAGGCGUGGACGGCACGUACCCUGGUCCGUAUUAUUCCCUCUUCGACCUCCCCACCAAGGAUCGACUCAUGGACGUCUUUGCCUUGAUUGACGAGACUUGGGAGUCGGACGGGCCUUUUGACGGGCUGGUUGGCUUUUCGCAGGGCGGUGGUGCAGUGGCGUCUUAUCUCCUCCAGCCCGAGACGGCCAAAAAACCGCUCACGUGCGCCAUGUUCUUCUCCUCCAGCGUGCCAUUUGAUCCCAUGUCGGCUCCUUGGAAAUAUAUCGAUCAGGACCGUUUCACCGACGCCACCACUGGGCAGGAAAUACCCAGUGCUGACCUGACCCGGUCUAUCCCAGAAGUGACACAAUUGAACACCUCUCGCUACCCCAGUCUGGGAGAUGAGCUUCUUCUGAGAAGGUACACCGUGAGCCAAGAGGACACGAACCGGAUCGACCUGCCCACUGUGCAUGUCUAUGGGACCAAUGAUCCUUGGUACUAUGAGCAGUGCAUGGACACGGAAAAGCUCUGCCGGGCGAUGAACCGGGAAACCGUGCUGCACAAGGGAGGACAUUCGGUUCCUUGGGACGCGGGAACCACGGAGGCUAUUAUGGAUGGUAUUCAGAAUAUGCAAUCUGCCGUGGAUUUGGCAUGAUGUACAUAUACAUAGCACUGUUCUUCAAAGUAUUGUCUCAAUCCAAUUCAAUGUUCACCCAGUAUGUUGCGCCGAAUCGCUAACUGUU